UUUGUGUGAAGAGAGCCAAUAGGUUGCCAUCUUUAUUCUAACUUUUCUUGUUUAAUUUGUAUAAAGAUGGCAGAUACUAAUUUAUAUAUGUAAUACUUGAGUGAAGUCUUAAUGUGUGUUAGAUAGCUAAACGUGAUACACGCAUUCCUGCUGAACCGACCCAGAUUUAAUUAAUAAUAGCAUGCUAUGGUACUUUCCUGUGGCAAAGCAGACGAGAAUAGCAGAGAUUACGUACACACAGAAGAAGAGGCCAUUUCUACGUUAUCGGUUUCUACUCUGAUCUACAGCUUUGCAUGAAUGGUAGUGUCUAGAAAGGGUAUGUCCCUUCAGGAGAGAGGUGCCAAUGUCCAACCGGCCUAAUAACAAUCCAGGGGGGUCACUGCGACGUUCACAGAGGAACACUGCCGGGGCCCAGCCACAAGACGACGCAGUUGGAGGAAGGUUACACUCAGAGCAGGCAAAACAUAAAGCAAAUUCCCCACCUGAGAAUAGAAGAUCACUUUCUAAGACAUCAAAAGUGCAGUCCAAUACAGCCUCUGGACAAUCCAGAGGACACAGCUCUAAAAGAAGCAAUAUUUCAUCAGCAGUAGACCCAGAUACAGCAAGUACUUCAGAGAGACACAAGAGCGGACAGCCUAAGCGUGACAGCUCCCGAGGAGUUAAACGCAAUUCGAGUCCUGAAUUCAACAGCACGUACUCUCCCAGCCCAGCCAAGAAGCCCAAAGCACUUCAGUCCACUGAAAGCUCUUCUGAGGCAAAGAGAGUCCCAGCUAAAUCUAAGAAAAGACAGUUGGCGAAAGACCAGCAGCCAAAACCUGAGCAGUUGGCAUCGACAAGUAAAGCCCCUAACAGAAAGAGUGGAGCUACUGGUGGCUCCCCAACUCAAAAAAGAAAUAAAAUUGAUAAUUCCUCUAAUUUAAAAAGUGGUGCUGGGUCUCAUUCAACCUGUGCUGAAGAGAGGUCUGCAAAACCCACCAAGCUGGCUUCGAAAUCAGCAACCUCAGCCAAAGCUGGGUGUAGCACUGUCACGGAUUCUUCCUCUUCAGCUUCUACAUCCUCUUCCUCUUCCACAGCCGUACCUCAGGGCGCCCGGGUCAAACAAGGAAAAGACCAGAACAAGGCAAGGCGUUCCCGCUCGGCCUCCAGCCCCAGCCCCCGUCGGAGCAGCCGCGAAAAGGAGCAGAACAAAACUGCCGGCUCUUCAAAGUUUGAGUGGCCCCGCUUUAGCCCUAAAGUCACCCUGCCAAAACCAAAACUGUCUCUACCAGGGUCUUCCAAGUCGGAGACUUCAAAACCUGGGCCUUCUGGACUUCAAGCCAAACUAGCAAGCUUGAGAAAGUCCACAAAGAAACGCAGCGAGUCCCCACCAGCAGAGCUCCCCAGUUUACGACGGAGCACACGCCAAAAGACCACGGGCUCCUGUGCUAGUACCAGUCGGCGAGGCUCUGGCCUGGGCAAACGGGGUGCAGCUGAAGCUCGCCGACAGGAGAAAAUGGCAGAUUCUGAUAACAACCAGGAUGGAGCCAAUUCUUCAGCUGCACGCACAGACGAGGCACCCCAAGGAGCAUCAGCUUCUAGUUCAGUGGCUGGGGCUGUAGGAAUGACCACCUCAGGAGAGAGUGAGUCUGAUGACUCAGAAAUGGGUAGACUACAAGCUCUCUUAGAGGCUCGGGGCCUUCCUCCUCACCUUUUUGGUCCUCUUGGUCCUCGAAUGUCGCAGCUUUUCCACAGGACGAUUGGAAGCGGGGCAAGCUCCAAGGCCCAGCAGCUCCUUCAGGGUCUCCAGGCCACUGGUGACGAGUCUCAGCAACUUCAGGCUGUAAUUGAGAUGUGUCAAUUACUGGUCAUGGGGAAUGAGGAAACAUUGGGGGGGUUUCCAGUUAAGAGUGUUGUACCAGCAUUGAUAACCCUACUACAAAUGGAGCAUAAUUUUGACAUUAUGAACCAUGCAUCAAGAGCUUUGACAUACAUGAUGGAAGCACUUCCCAGGUCAUCGGCUGUGGUGGUUGAUGCUAUUCCUGUCUUUCUGGAAAAGUUGCAAGUUAUCCAGUUUAUUGAUGUGGCAGAACAGGCUCUGACAGCUCUGGAAAUGCUGUCACGUAGACACAGCAAGGCAAUUCUACAGGCUGGCGGUUUGGCAGACUGUUUGCUGUAUCUGGAGUUUUUCAGCAUCAACGCUCAGAGAAAUGCCCUGGCAAUUGCUGCCAACUGCUGCCAAAGCAUCACCCCAGAUGAGUUCCACUUUGUUUCAGAUUCACUGCCCUUACUCACCCAGAGGCUAACCCACCAGGAUAAAAAAUCGGUUGAAAGCACUUGCCUCUGUUUUGCCCGGCUUGUGGACAAUUUUCAGCAUGAGGAGAACUUGCUGCAGCAGGUUGCAUCGAAAGAUUUGUUAACAAAUAUCCAGCAGCUCUUAGUUGUGACUCCUCCCAUCUUGAGCUCAGGCAUGUUUAUUAUGGUGGUGCGCAUGUUCUCUCUAUUGUGUUCCAACUGCCCCAGUCUGGCCGUGCAACUCAUGCAACAGAAUAUAGCAGAAACUCUCCGUUUCCUUCUGUGUGGAGCUUCAAAUGGCAGUUGCCAAGAACAGAUUGAUCUUGUACCACGCAGCCCCCAGGAACUCUAUGAGCUUACUUCUCUUAUCUGUGAGCUUAUGCCAUGCCUGCCCAGAGAGGGAAUCUUUGCAGUCGAUACAAUGCUUAAAAAGGGAAACACUCAGAACACGGAUGGUGCAGUCUGGCAGUGGCGAGAUGACAGAGGCCUGUGGCAUCCAUAUAACAGAAUUGACAGUCGGAUAAUUGAGACAGCUCAUCAGAAUGGUGAAGAUGAGAUUAGCUUGUCCACCCUCGGACGUGUUUAUACUAUUGAUUUUAAUUCUAUGCAGCAGAUCAAUGAGGAUACAGGGACGGCUCGAGCAAUUCAGAGAAAACCCAACCCUUUAGCCAAUUCCAACGCUAGUGGUCAUUUAGAAGUGAAGAAGGAAGAUGCCAGGGCACAGCUGAUGAAGGAAGACCCUGAACUGGCAAAAUGCUUUAUAAAAACUUUGUUUGGUGUGCUGUAUGAAGUGUACAGUUCUUCAGCUGGACCUGCAGUCAGACACAAGUGCCUUAGAGCAAUUCUUAGGAUUAUUUAUUUUGCUGAUGCUGAACUUCUAAAAGAUGUGCUAAAAAAUCAUGCUGUAUCUAGUCACAUUGCUUCCAUGCUGUCCAGUCAGGAUCUGAAGAUUGUAGUUGGAGCUCUACAAAUGGCAGAGAUUUUAAUGCAGAAGUUACCCAACGUAUUUGGUGUUUCUUUCAGAAGAGAAGGUGUGAUGCACCAGGUGAAAAAUCUGGCUGAAUCAGAGACUCUCCUUACUAGCCCUCCCAAGGCUUGCACUAGUGGGAUUGGAAGUAUGUGUACAACUACAAUUAGUACAGCAACUACCACUGCUGCAGCCAAUGCAAUCCCAGACCUAGGCUCUCCCAGCUUCCAGCACAGCAUGGAUGAUUCUCUGGAUCUGAGUCCCCAGGGUCGAUUAAGUGAUGUCCUAAAGAGAAAACGGCUGCCAAAGCGUGGUCCAAGAAGGCCAAAGUAUUCUCCUCCAAGAGACGAUGACAAAGUUGACCAUCAAGCUAAGAGUCCUACAACCACACAGUCUCCCAAAUCUUCCUUCUUGGCAAGUUUGAACCCUAAAACAUGGGGAAAAUUAAGCACUCAAACCAACAGCACCAAUUCCGAACUGCCACGCACAGCUGGAGUCAGCGGUCUGGCACGGGUUCCUCCAAAAGACUCUGUAUCCAAUAACAGGGAUAAGAUUAGGGCUUGGAUAAAAGAGCAGGCCAGUAAGUUUGUGGAAUGCUACUUCAGCUCCGAGAACGUGGAUACAAGCAAUCCUGCACUGAAUGUAUUACAGAGACUUUGCACUGCUACUGAACAACUCAGUCUACAGGUGGAUGGUGGAAUUGAGUGCCUUGUAGAAAUCUGCAAUAUAGUCUCCGAGUCAGAUGUGUCCUCGUUUGAAAUCCAGCACAGUGGAUUUGUAAAACAACUGCUGCUUUAUUUGACCUCCAGAAGUGACAAAGACACUGUGAACCGUGAUGUCAGAUUAAAGAGAUUCCUGCAUGUUUUCUUUGGCUGUCCGCCCCCAGGACUAGAAGGUCAUGGACGAUUAGAGCCUUUAGAAAAUGGACCUCUAAUGGCUCUUGUGCACAAAAUGAACAACUGUCUUAGCCAGAUGGAACAGUUCCCUGUUAAAGUGCAUGACUUCCCCAGUGGGAAUGGAACAGGAAGCAGAGGAUCCCAGGCCUUGAAAUUCUUCAACACCCAUCAGCUAAAAUGCCAGCUUCAGAGACAUCCAGACUGUAGUACCGUAAAACAGUGGAAGGGUGGCCCAGUGAAAAUAGAUCCUUUGGCUCUGGUACAGGCUAUUGAAAGAUACCUUGUUGUCAGAGGGUAUGGAAGAAUUCGAGAGGAAGAUGAAGACAGUGAUGACGAUGGGUCAGAUGACGAAAUUGACGAAUCUCUGGCUGCACAGUUUUUGAAUUCAGGAAACAUGAGGCACAGGCUACAAUUUUACAUUGGAGACCACUUACUACCGUACAACAUGACAGUGUACCAGGCAGUUAGACAGUUUAGUAUACAGGCUGAAGAGGAGCGCGAGUCCACAGACGAUGAAAGCAACCCCUUAGGAAGGGCUGGAAUCUGGACAAAGACCCAUACAAUAUGGUACAAGCCAGUGAGAGAAGAUGAAGAUAGCAAUAAGGAUGUGGUUGGUGGAAAGAGAGGACGUGCACAAACCGCACCAACUAAAACCUCCCCUCGAAAUGCAAAAAAGCAUGAUGAACUGUGGCAUGGUAGGAACAGUUUUGUGGAUUUUUUAUGUAUUAAAGCAAUGGUGCAUUUAAAUGCAGACUUAACCAGUUUUAUUUUUUUUGCAGAUGGGGUGUGUCCUACAGUGGCGAACCCAUUAGAAAUUUACCUCCUUUCAGUCCCACCUGAAAACAUAACAUUUGAAGAUCCUUCUCUUGAUGUGAUCCUACUACUAAGAGUUCUUCAAUCAAUAAGCAGAUACUGGUUUUAUCUUUAUGAUAAUGCCACCUGCAAAGAGAUUAUUCCUACCAGUGAGUUUAUAAACAGCAAACUUACUGCAAAAGCUAACCGGCAACUUCAAGAUCCCUUGGUUAUCAUGACUGGUAACAUCCCACCGUGGCUAACAGAGCUUGGGAAGACCUGCCCAUUUUUCUUCCCCUUUGAUACCCGACAAAUGCUGUUUUAUGUGACAGCCUUUGAUCGAGAUCGGGCCAUGCAACGGUUACUGGACACAAAUCCAGAAAUUAAUCAGUCUGAUUCCCAAGACAGCAGAGUUGCACCACGAUUAGACAGGAAAAAGCGCACUAUAAACCGUGAAGAGUUAUUGAAACAAGCUGAAUCAGUAAUGCAAGAUCUUGGCAGCUCAAGAGCAAUGUUGGAAAUACAGUAUGAAAAUGAAGUUGGAACUGGCCUGGGACCCACAUUGGAGUUUUAUGCACUUGUAUCUCAGGAACUGCAGAGAUCUGACCUUGGCUUAUGGAGAGGAGAGGAAGUUGCCUUGUCAAACCCAAAAGGAAGCCAGGAAGGGACCAAAUACGUCUUCAGUUCACAAGGUCUGUUUGCUGUUCCUUUUGGAAGGACGACUAAACCGGCUCAUAUUGCCAAGAUUAAGAUGAAGUUCCGUUUUCUGGGAAAAUUAAUGGCCAAGGCCAUCAUGGAUUUCAGAUUGUUGGACCUUCCUCUUGGGCUGCCAUUUUACAAGUGGAUGCUGCGUCAUGAGUCCUCAGUCAGCUCCCAUGACCUCGUUAACAUUGAUCCUGGCGUAGCCAAAUCAAUUCAUCACCUUGAGGACAUCAUCAGGCAGAAAAAGAAACUGGAACAGGAUAGGACACAGUCAAGGGAAUCUCUGCAGCAGUCUUUGGAAGGUCUGAACAUGAACGGCUGCUCUGUGGAAGACUUGGGUCUUGACUUCACUUUGCCAGGGUUUCCUAACAUUGAGUUGAAGAAAGGAGGCAAGGAUGUCUCAGUAAACAUCCACAAUCUAGAAGAGUAUCUAAGGUUGGUUGUGUUCUGGACCUUAAAUGAAGGUGUUUCUAGGCAGUUUGAGUCAUUCAGGGAAGGAUUCGAGUCAGUCUUCCCUCUGCAGCACCUGCAGUAUUUUUAUCCUGAAGAGCUGGAUCAAUUGCUUUGUGGUAGCAAGUCAGAGACCUGGGAUGUUAAAACAUUAAUGGAGUGCUGUAGACCAGACCAUGGGUAUAACCAUGACAGUCGUGCGGUCAAGUUCCUGUUUGAAAUUCUCAGCAGUUUUGAUGCUGAGCACCAAAGGCUGUUUCUACAGUUUGUUACUGGUAGUCCCAGGCUACCGGUAGGAGGCUUCAGAAGUUUGAACCCCCCGCUGACAAUUGUCCGCAAGACAUUUGAGUCUACGGAGAAUCCUGAUGAUUUUCUGCCCUCCGUAAUGACCUGUGUCAACUAUCUCAAGUUACCAGACUACUCUAGUAUUGAUAUAAUGCGUCAAAAACUGUUGAUAGCUGCUAGAGAGGGGCAGCAGUCAUUCCAUCUCUCCUGAUUGCAACAUUUAAAUGCCUUUUACAGUAAAAGAGAGAAA